GCCCCAGACCCAGAGCGCCGCGGCUGUCUGCUGGGCUCACGGAGACGCGGACCACCUUUGGUCGCCCCGCGCCGUCCUCUCCGCGCCGCCUGGCCCGCCGCCUCGAGCGCCCUCAGUCCCUCAAGCCAGAUGAUGAACUUCCUGAGGCGCCGGCUGUCGGACAGCAGCUUCAUUGCCAACCUGCCCAAUGGCUACAUGACUGACCUUCAGCGCCCGGAGCCGCAGCAGCCCCCACCCGCCCCUGGCCCCGGUACCGCUACCGCAUCGGCGGCCACCUCAGCUGCCUCGCCUGGCCCCGAGCGCAGGCCGCCACCCGCCCAGGCACCCGCGCCGCAGCCGGCGCCGCAGCCCGCGCCGACGCCGUCGGUGGGCAGCAGCUUCUUCAGCUCGCUGUCGCAAGCAGUGAAGCAGACGGCCGCCUCCGCCGGCCUGGUGGACGCGCCCGCGCCUUCGGCCGCUUCCAGGAAGGCCAAGGUGCUGCUGGUGGUCGACGAGCCGCACACCGACUGGGCCAAGUGCUUUCGGGGCAAAAAAAUCCUUGGAGAUUAUGACAUCAAAGUGGAACAGGCAGAAUUUUCAGAGCUUAACCUGGUGGCCCAUGCAGAUGGAACCUACGCCGUGGACAUGCAGGUACUCCGGAAUGGCACAAAGGUUGUCAGGUCCUUCAGACCAGACUUUGUGCUCAUCCGACAGCAUGCAUUUGGCAUGGCGGAGAAUGAAGACUUCCGCCACCUGGUCAUUGGCAUGCAGUAUGCAGGCCUCCCCAGCAUCAACUCACUGGAGUCCAUUUACAACUUCUGUGACAAGCCAUGGGUGUUUGCUCAGAUGGUGGCCAUCUUCAAGACACUGGGAGGGGAGAAAUUUCCACUCAUUGAGCAGACCUACUACCCCAAUCACCGAGAGAUGCUUACACUUCCUACGUUCCCUGUCGUGGUGAAGAUUGGCCAUGCUCACUCGGGCAUGGGCAAGGUCAAAGUGGAAAAUCACUACGACUUCCAGGACAUUGCCAGUGUGGUGGCCCUCACCCAAACCUAUGCCACAGCAGAACCCUUCAUUGACGCCAAGUAUGACAUCCGGGUUCAGAAGAUUGGCAACAACUACAAGGCUUACAUGAGGACAUCCAUCUCAGGGAACUGGAAGACAAACACUGGCUCCGCGAUGCUGGAGCAGAUCGCCAUGUCAGACCGGUACAAGCUCUGGGUCGACGCCUGCUCUGAGAUGUUUGGGGGCCUGGACAUCUGUGCAGUCAAAGCUGUGCAUGGCAAAGAUGGCAAAGACUACAUUUUUGAGGUCAUGGACUGUAGCAUGCCACUGAUUGGGGAACACCAAGUGGAGGACAGACAGCUCAUCACUGAUCUAGUCAUCAGCAAGAUGAACCAGCUAUUGUCCAGGACUCCUGCCCUGUCUCCACAGAGACCUUUAACCACCCAACAGCCACAGAGUGGAACACUUAAGGAACCGGACUCCAGCAAGACCCCUCCUCAGCGGCCAGCCCCCCAAGGGGGCCCUGGGCAACCCCAAGGAAUGCAGCCCCCAGGCAAGGUGCUGCCUCCACGUCGGCUCCCCUCGGGACCAUCACUGCCAUCUUCUUCCUCUUCCUCCUCCUCUUCCUCCUCCUCUUCCUCGGCUCCUCAGAGGCCGGGAGGCCCUACCACCACCCACGGUGAUGCAUCCUCCAGCAGCAACUCCCUGGCAGAGGCCCAGGCACCUCAGGCUGCUCCACCACAGAAGCCCCAGCCUCACCCACAGCUCAACAAGUCGCAGUCCCUGACAAAUGCGUUCAGCUUCUCUGAGUCCUCCUUCUUCCGGUCUUCAGCCAAUGAAGAUGAAGCCAAAGCGGAGACCAUCCGGAGCUUGAGGAAGUCCUUUGCCAGCCUCUUUUCAGAUUAGCUCUUCAGAUACACGAGGGCAUCCGGCCCAACCAGGAAAGGCAUCUAAGACAUUCAUCAACAGCAGUCCGCCAUGUUUGGUGGCAAUGUCCCAUGACUUGACAUGUGUGGCCCCUUCUUCUGUUCCUUUGUGCUCAGUAAUUUGUGCAGCCCAGAAAUGACCAUGUGAUGGUCUCAGGGCAGGUGCCUACCCUGAGAAAGACCUGACAGUAGAGGAAAGGGCUGUUUCCCUGUAGUCUUAAGAGCUUUAUUCUGAAGUCAUCGUUGCUGUGAAUUUAGUGGCCUUAUUGUGACAGAGCCAUCGUGUCUUACUCUUCCCUGUGAAGCCAGGAUCUCUGUAAUGUAGGACUCCUGGCAGCUUAACCUAUCUCAGCAUAUCCUAGUAGUCAGUGCUACCUGUGGGAAAUAUGUUCUUACCUUAGAAGUAUUGUUGGCUCUAAGUUUUAGGAGCUUCUCCCCAAAGCUGGGUCUCCUGUGGUCCCUGUUGAAAGCACAUUCACCUGACCCUGCACUCCCUAGACUGCUGUGGAGGUCAAGUUCCUUGUGAUUGUUUGAAACAAGAGAACAAGGAUCCACAGUGUCUCCUUUCUCCCCUCUGGAGAGCAGUUCUGUUGUGUGAGCAUCAGUAACCUUGACCUUUCGAAGCUGUACUGUAGAAGAGAAUGCAUGCCGCUAUAACAGCAGUCCACCAACCUUUGUGUUCCUCACCUUAUGAAUGUCAAGACCUUGGUGUAAUAAAAGCAGCAGCUUUAACCAGCAUUUGAUUCAGCCCUGAGGUUCCCCGCUCUAGGUUGAGCGCAUACAUGGGCGUGCAGGUGUGUUUGUGACUAGGGAGUUAAAAGUCCAGGAGGGUAAAACUGCCGUUGCUGUGUGUGGGCAUGUGAUGGCAGGUGCGCACGUCUGUGUUAAGAAUGGGCCUGUACCUUGAAUAUCACAUACUGACGCUCCUGACAGCAGCUCCCCAGUGGAUCUGUCUCUUGUAGAACCGCUGACUGCCAACAGCUUGGCAUUUCUACCCAUUUGAUUCAAUCGCAGACUCCAGUAUGCACAACACCCCUGCUUGUCUGUCAGCCAAGUUAAACCCAUCUUUCCAUCUUUCAUCAAGAUCCUCAGCUAAAGUCCACAAGGUACAGCCAACAAGACAGAAGCAACCCGCUCUGAUGAAUUUGUCUCACAGCUGUAACUCAGAUAUUCUGAAGGCCUGUGGCUGGGGUGGGCCCUAAGGGCUUUUACUCCAACAACUUCUUCAUGGUUCUCUGAGGAUAAGUUCCACAUUUGCAUAUAUUUGAGAAAAAAAUCAGUGUGUUAACAUCUUAGCUAUGUAAUUCCCUGCAUGUGAUACCAUGUGAUAUAAACUCAACAAGUUAACAUCCCUUGAAAUGCCACGUCUGACACCAAUUUCUGUCCCUUCACAUGGUCAUAAGUAGGAAUUCCAGGAGGGCAGAGAAUGAAUUUCUGAGUCAUAUCAUCCCAUGUUUUUGGGGUCUAAGGACUGAGGCAGGUAAGGGGAGAAGUAUGAUUCCCACCAUCCCCCAUUGAAUGGUACCUGAUGAGUGAUAUCAUUCCUUCCUUGCACAGUAUACAAACCUACAGACAGCUAAACAAAGGGCAAAGAGCAAGACACAGGCAGUGGGGUGGCAGGGGCGAUCUCUCUCUCCCUCCCUCCCUCCCUUUUCCCCCUCCCCCACCUUGCUCUCUCUGCUGAGGUUGGAACCCAGGGCCUCAGAGUCUCACUCAUGCUAGGCAAGCACUAUACCUCUGCCUGCCCAGGUCUGCAUAUGCAUUCUGUUUUUGUACCUACUCGUGUGUCUUCAUAAGAAAAGUGAAGAUCUGAAGAAGCAUUAGGUCUAUUGCUUAUGCACAUACCAGUGUAAACAACAAAUGACAACUUGAGGAUGUGACACUACAAAGGGGUCUGGUGAGAAGCCAGUGAACUGUGGGAAAGGAAUCGGGGCGCACACGGGCAAAUAGUGAAGGAGAAGGCUCACAAAUCUUAAGUAAGGUUUUAUUUGUAUAAAUGCAUUUCAUUUCCAUGUUAAUUUCUAGUCUCUGGUAGUAAAAAUGUUCUUAUUGUA